CUGACUACUUUACUCUCUUGCCGCUUGAUAACCCUGCAUGACCCCAGGCCAUAUCAACUCGGACUCUCGGCUUGUGAAAUGCGAUUGCGAGUGGCAAAGCCAGUCGAAAGCUUCACCGAGCUCCGGCAGCAUGUCGGAUCCAAGUUGGAUGGCAGUUUUCUUGUGGCUGUUCUGGCUGCCACACCUCCAGCAAAAUGUCUUGGCUUCUGGCGAAGAUCCAACACCGCCCUUCCAGCGGAUCUACCAAUCGGAACAGACGGUCCGACGUUCAAAGUCACAUGAGAUGGGCAGUUAUGUCAACAAAAGCAUCGAUCCCUGUGUGGACUUCUAUGCCUAUGCCUGUGGCAAUUGGAAAUCAAGUUCUACGCCGCAAGAGCAACUGCAGCAGCAAACGGAUCGAGAACUUCUUCUGCUUCUCGAUGAGGCUGUUAGGAGAGAGGAUAGUGUAAUAGCUCGUCAGGCCAAGGAAUUCUUUAAGACUUGCGUCACGGCUCAGGCACAGCAGAGCCAACAGCAGCAGCAGUUCCUCAGUGAUUUCAUCACUCAGAAUGGAGGAUUUCCAGCGGUUCCGGGUUCCCAAUGGUCGGUGCAUCACCAUGAUUACAAUUGGCUAAGUGUGCUGGGUGGCCUUAGACUUCGCUAUGGAAUGGAUAUACUCAUUGGACUACGGGUUGGUUAUAACUAUGAAAAUGUGAACGAAAACAGUCUGUAUUUGAGUGAACCAAGUACUAUAAUCCCUUCCGAGUUGUGCACCCGAAAUCGCUCAGACAUCAGGGACACCGUUUAUGAACCCUUGGAGCUUCGAAUGGCCUCCGAACUUAGGACUUGGUUGGCAUUGGGACAGGAGGAAUCAGCUCGUCUUGCCGCCGAUAUUCUUAGUUUCGAGCAUGAGCUAUGUGGUGGAAUGAAAGGUGGAUCCUUUGAUCCCUGGGAUGGCGAAGAGCAACUCUAUCUGGCAAACUACACCCGCAAAACGUUGAGUGAGUUCUCAAAUUUAUUCGAACUCGAUCUGGAAUCCUAUGUGAGGGCCAGCUAUGACAAGGAAAUCUAUAAACCAGUUUUUAUGGCCACCCCGGAAUAUUUUCGCCAACUAAAGCGAACUGUUGCUGCUCAUAACAUAAGUCUGGUGGCGAACUAUAUCAUGUACCGUGCUGUAUCGGCUCUAAACUUUCCACUAGAGGAUCGCCCACAUUUAAGGAAAGGAGAGUGCUUGGCACGAACUAAAGAACUGCUACCCACAGCAUUGGGAGAACUAUAUGCCCGCCAGUUUGACGUCGAAGAUAGCACAACAGAUCUGGAUAACAUGUAUGAUAAAUUAAAGACGGCCUUGAGACAAAGUUUAAGUGCAGAAUGGUUGGUGGAGGGUAGCCAGCGGGUGGGUCAAGAAAAGCUACGAAAUUUGAGAUUGCAGUUGUCCAGUUACGAGCGUCCGUUGAUCCUCAAACUGCAGUUGGAACGAGGAAACUAUUGGCACAAUCUCCGCCAACUGUUGGGAGCGGUUCAGUCCCAAAGAAAUAACCGACUUUCCGAAGAACUCACUCCCGCUCCGUCUGAUCCCGUGGAGGCUUACGAGGCUAGGGUGCGACUGAGACCAGUUCAGCGACGUUUGGAUAUGGGAUUGGCCCUGUUGCAGCCGCCAGCCUACGAUCGCCACUAUGGCCACGCCCUCCGAUAUGCAACAUUGGGCGUUAAGCUGGCACAACAGUUGGUAAUGGCUUUUGAUGAUCCACACUGGUCGAUUGGACUGCUCGAACGGGAUAACUGGGAUGGUCAAACAGCCUGGGAAUAUCACAUCCGAAGUUACUGCUUUGCCCGCCAGGUGGAGCAUUAUUUAAGAGCUAAUGUGAGUGCCACCAGGGAGCUGAUCACAAACAGUGCAGCCCUCAAUGUUGCCUUCCGGGCAUAUCUAACCUGGCUGGGCUUCCAAGAGCCAAACAACGACUUCAAUAAGCUGGUCAAGGAGACGCUACCGGAUCUUGAUUACACAAAUACGGCUCUUUUCUUUCUGGCCUAUGCCCAGCAGCAUUGUAGUCUGGAAGAGAUUCACCCCAAGGAUGAGCAAUGGACAACUGAAGGAUACCUCUACAGCGCAAGGCAGAAUCACACCUGGACAAGGCUUCAGGUUAAUGGACCUUUGCGGAACUCUGCAGACUUUGCAAGGGAAUUUCGGUGUCCCAUUGGUUCACCCAUGAAUCCUGCAGCCAAGUGCUCCACUUACUGAAAAUUGUUUAAUUUUAAAUUUAAAAUAAAUGCUCGCUUAUUGAUCUAUCAAUUAUA